UCUCCCUCCUGUCUCUGCGUUUGUGUGUGCGCGUGUGAGAUUGUGUCUGUGGGUCUUUUUGCUGCUAAGGGCUCUUCCUCUGUUGCUGAGGCAAAAAAUGAACGCUCUAGUAGUACAGGGUUUCACCAAGUCACUCGCCAUGACUAUGCUCUCUGAGGUUGGCGGCCGGACCUUCUGCGUAGCCGCCAUUCUGGCAAUGCAAUAUCCGAGGAAGAGUGUCCUGCUAGGAUGCCUAAUUUCAGUAACUGCGAAGACCGUGAUCUCGGCUAUGGUUGGCUGGGCUGCUCAAAGUCUGCUCUCAAAGAAAUGGUCACAUCAUGUGACCGCAUUCCUGUUUUUCCUGUUUGCUCUCCGGUCUCUCUGGGAAGGAUUCACUAAGGAUGAUGAUGACAAUGAAGAGUUGGAGGAAGUCGAAAAGGAAUGGAUGAUGAUGACUUGGAGAAAAAACAGAAGCCUAUCACCUACUUCUCACCUGUCUUUCUCAAGGAUAGCUGCUUCGCAUGCGUUUUCGCUCACCUUCUUCCGCAAAUGGGGCAACAAAAACCAGCUAGCAACGAUCAGCUUGGCAGCUGGUGAGGACAUUUUUGGAGUGGUGCUCGGUGGAAUAGUGGGACAAGUGUUGUGCACAGUUGCUGCUGUUAUUGGGCGAAAGAGCCUGGCUUCUAGGAUAUCAGAGAGGCUGGUGACCCUUCUAGGUGGAUUUCUCUUCCUAGUGUUUGGGGUCCAAUCCCUACUUUGACCAUCCUAAGUAUGAAUUUCUCACUCGCUCGUAUGUCUAUGCUGCUGCUUACCAUUAGUUGAGACUGCUCUAGCGCUGAUGCCUCGGUUUUUUCUCCGAGCAUUCUUAUGCUUUUAAGUACUUCCAUUGAUAAGUUUCAUGCUUUUCAAUUAACAGUGUGUAUUUCACGAUGAUCUUUCCACAUACAAUCCCAGGAAACACAAACACAUGCUCUCUCAGGAAUCACGAUGAAAAUGCAUAUGCUAUCCUAUUCCUAGAGAAAAAAGUCAAACUGUAAUGGAAACUCUCUUUACAAGCAGAGGUCAUCAGCUAAAAUUUUUACCACGGCAGUUACGAAACAAAAGUAUGAAGUUAAAACGACAUUUGUGCAGUGGCAUGUCAAAUCUUAAGAAAGAAAUGCUGGAAAAAGCACGGGACACUGGUAGUUUGCACUGACCUAGUGAGAAAAGGCACGCGAGUAGAUUCUUACAAACAAGCGGUGGCCUGGAGUGUCGGUUGGUUUUGGUCUUGUGACCAGAAACCUACCGGCUGCCACAGAGUGGAUACCCAAAUCCAUGUGCCCAGCUAGAUAAGCCAGUGAGCAAUAGCCCCAGAUACAGAACUUGACUCAGCACGGAUAUGACGAUGAAGGCUUCAAGCGUUUGCUGCCCAAUUAGCAAGUAGACUAGUCAUAAUCUUAGCAGAUCUCACUAAAAAGUUCACAAGAGGUAAAAAGUUGUUAAAAACAUGUGACCAACUUUCAACUGGGCUGAAAGAUCUUACCAAGCGCUUUCCUCUCUGUCCUCCUAAUAUGAUCUCUUUGAUAGCAAGACUGCAACCACAAGCAACCAAGAAGAGGAAAAAAAACAGAUGGAGAUAGAGCAAAUGUUAACAGAAGAACGCUCUGUGACUAGCAGACGCUUAUGAUCCACGUCUAAUAAGUUCCUUCCUGUUAGAGAUGGCAUGGGAUCAAAAGAAUAAUCUCAUGUUCACUACGAACUAGAUACAUCACUAACAGCCCAAAGAGCUAAAAGAUUUUCGAACCAUACCAAAUGGUCUCAAUAAUUAUGGUGAAUCCUAUUGCGCAUGGCGUGCAUGUGACAUAAAUUAC